AUAAACCCACACGCAAAAUUACUCUCAUACUUAAGCCUUAUCCUCGGAACCUCCAUUACAAUUUCAAGCAACCAUUGAACAGCAGCCUGAACUGGCCUAGAAAUCAACACCCUUGCCAUCAUUCCCCUCAUCUCCAAAUCUCACCACCCCCGAGCCAUCGAAGCCACAAUCAAAUAUUUCCUAGUACAGGCAGCUGCCUCGACAUUAAUCCUAUUCGCAGGAACAAUCAAUGCAUGACACACCGGACAAUGAGAUAUCACUCAACUAACCCACUCAACCCCAUCCCUCUUACUAACAACAGCAAUCGCAAUAAAACUAGGACUAGUCCCAUUCCACUUUUGAUUCCCAGAAGUACUCCAGGGAUCUCCACUAACAACUGCACUAAUCCUGUCAACAGUAAUAAAACUACCCCCAAUCACUAUCCUCCUUAUAACCCACCACACAUUAAACUCUACACUCCUAACCUUCAUAGCCCUAACCUCCGCCGCCAUUGGAGGUUGAAUAGGCCUAAAUCAAACCCAAAUUCGAAAAAUCCUGGCCUUCUCAUCUAUCUCUCACCUAGGGUGAAUAACUAUUAUCCUCAUCUACAACCCCAAAUUAACCCUACUAACAUUCUACCUAUACAUUACACUUACAACUGCAGUAUUCCUAACCAUCAACACAAUCAAAACCCUAAAACUAGCAACAACAAUAACUUCUUGAACAAAAUCCCCAGCUCUAAAUGCAACCCUAAUGCUCACUCUACUGUCUCUAGCAGGACUCCCGCCCCUAACAGGAUUUAUGCCUAAAUGACUAAUCAUCCAAGAACUGACAAAGCAAGAAAUGACUACAACAGCCACAAUCAUUGCCCUGCUAUCACUUCUUAGUCUAUUCUUCUACCUCCGCUUAGCAUACCAUUCAACAAUCACACUGCCCCCAAACUGCACAAACCACAUAAAAAUGUGACAUAUUAAUACCAAAACAUACACGCCCACCGCCAUCCUUACCUCUACAUCAAUUUGACUACUACCACUUACCCCUAUAAUCACCUCAUCCAUCUAA